AACCAGAGCGGGCAGGAUCGGGAUCGGCGGGGCUGGGAGCUAUAAAUGGGGGGGCAGCCCCUGCCCCGCGGGACACGGCGCGGAGGGCUCUGGGGGUGCCGUCAUGCCCAACAAGAAGAAGUACAACGUGAACGGAGAUUCGGGGCUUAAAGCCCAGAUCCAGUUUGCUGACCAAAAGCAAGAGUUCAACAAGCGCCCGACGAAGAUUGGCCGCCGUUCGCUUUCCCGCUCCAUCUCGCAGUCCUCGACAGACAGCUACAGCUCAGCUGCCUCCUACACAGACAGCUCUGAUGAUGAGACCUCCCCCCGAGACAAGCAGCAGAAGAACUCCAAAGGCAGCAGUGAUUUCUGCGUGAAAAACAUAAAGCAGGCAGAAUUUGGGCGCCGGGAGAUUGAAAUUGCUGAACAAGAAAUGCCUGCGCUGAUGGCUUUGAGGAAGAGAGCUCAGGGAGAGAAGCCACUGGCUGGGGCCAAGAUCGUGGGCUGCACGCACAUUACGGCGCAGACGGCUGUCCUAAUGGAGACUCUGGGUGCGUUGGGUGCUCAGUGCCGAUGGGCUGCGUGCAACAUCUACUCUACUCUCAAUGAAGUGGCUGCUGCCCUUGCUGAGAGCGGGUUCCCCGUCUUCGCCUGGAAGGGAGAAUCUGAAGACGACUUCUGGUGGUGCAUCGAUCGCUGCGUCAACGUCGAAGGGUGGCAGCCCAACAUGAUCUUGGAUGACGGAGGAGAUCUCACUCAUUGGAUUUACAAGAAAUAUCCCAACAUGUUUAAGAAGAUCAAGGGGAUAGUAGAGGAAAGCGUGACUGGUGUCCACAGAAGGUUUCAUCAGCCUGAGACUGCGGCCGGACCCAAGGGAAACUAUAAACCCGGGACAAUGUCAGCGAGUCGCUUCCUCUUUCCAUUCCUAUUAUGCAGGUUCGGGUUUUUGAUCUCUGGGCAGUGCUUUAACUACUUUAACACCGUGUUUCAGGCGAGCCUGCGUACACCCGAGCUGACCUGGGAGAGGGUGAGGUCCCAGGUGGACCAUGUCAUCUGGCCAGAUGGGAAGAGGAUAGUCCUUCUGGCAGAGGGCCGCCUGCUGAACCUGAGCUGCUCCACCGUCCCCACCUUUGUCCUGUCCAUCACUGCCACCACGCAGGCUUUGGCUUUGAUAGAGCUGUACAACGCUCCCGAAGGCCGCUACAAGCAAGACGUGUACUUGCUGCCUAAAAAAAUGGACGAGUACGUGGCAAGCCUGCACCUCCCGACGUUCGACGCCCACCUGACAGAACUCACGGAUGAACAAGCGAAAUACCUGGGACUGAACAAGAACGGCCCUUUCAAACCAAACUACUACAGAUACUAAGUUCCUGCCGCUGUAUCCAGGAGAAUUGCGAGGAACAAGAACCCAAGUCUUUUCUCAACUACUGUACAGGAUGAAACAGCGCAAGCUUCCUAAGUUAGAGCCGGGCUUGCUCACAUAGUAGACAGUGUGUUUAGGUUAUUUAUUUAUUAAAUUAGAAUACUGUACAUGCGGCCUCUGCCACUGGUGUUCGUACUGCCGCGGGACUGGGAGACGGUGGAUUUCUUUCCGUUUGUUUAAUUUUUCUCUUUGGGUUGUUCAUUUCUUCGGGGCUGGGAGGAUGGGGGAGGCGAGGAAGAAGCUGGUGGAAUCGAAAUCGCUGCAAAGCACCUGGAAUCGUUACCAGCGUUCGCCCGACGCGCGACAGGAGCCGCGGGAGCCGACGUCGGGGUCGCACCUUCGUUGCUUUUGGUUUCCUUGGCGAUCCCGGCGCCUCCUCCAGCGGAGCAGGAUCCCGGCAGCCACGAGAGCCGGCCGGAGCGCGGCCGCCUUUGCAUUCCUGACGCCAUCUGACAACGCAGCUCAAAACCUCGUUUGCUCCGAGCAGCCGGGUGCCACCUCGGCAGCGGAGCGGCAAAUCUCCCCGGCGAUGGCCGGGGAAAGGUCUCGUCGUUCUGCUGAACUGCCCCAGGGUCCAUUCCGCCAGCGAGUCGGUGAACUUGGCCUUCACGCUGCUGGAAGCUGUAGCGAAGGGUCCGGCCGUUGGUGCCAGCCGGGGGCAGCCCCCAGCGCGCGGCGGGAGCCGGGAGGGCAGAGCGUUGGGGGGGAGGACCCACCGCCGCUCCCUCCGUCGCAGCUCCGCGGUGUUUUCCUGCUGCUGAUGUUUCCAGUGCCAACCUCCUACAGUUCAACCAAAGUCGUGUCCCCGGCGGGGCCGCAGGGCGGCCGAAGAGCCUUGCGGCCUCGCCCACAAAUGCUGCUCACGUGUCGGGGAGCUCUUCCAAACCCAAGCGGAGCUCGUCGGCCAUCCUGGCUGGGAGGACCCGUGUCCCCGCGAGGUCUUCCUCCAGCUGAAUUUCAGUCCUCAUCGGAAAUCUUUGGAGUUUUAUUUUCUAGUGAUACUUGUAUGAUAAAAUCCGGAAAUCCCCUUGGAAUGUAUGAGACAGACGCCGGAGUAAUCCCCACCCGGAUUCUGUGCGCGGGGAAGAGUUCAGCGUCACUAAAACCCUUCAGUCACCUCAAAUCUUGACCCGUCAGAGCCAACGGAGAACAAAUUUGUCAUAAUUACUCUUUUUUUAGCCCAGGACAUCCUGGCAGAACGCUGCAGAUGGCACGGCACGUUUACCAAGGUGACUUUAGAAGUCUCCGUGUCUCAUCGGAGUCACUUUUAUGGUUCACACAGAGAACAUGGUCCUUCUAAAAGAAAAUUGCCCAACUCCCUGAGCUCAGAAGCCUUUAUCCUGAGGGACCCGAGUCCCUCAUCAACUACAGGUUCUUGUUUUAUCCUCGCGGACCUCGUUGCCAUCAUGAAAAAACACUUUUGUGGCAGCUCGUUCACGCACAAGAAAGGAAAAACUGUGGAAUUCCGGUCUCGGUGGCCAAGUCCUUCUCAUGGCUCUUGAUGCCAAGGUCUGAAGUCAGCUGGACCACAAGCUGCUUGUCUUUGGAGCAAACAUCCUCGUACACUUGCAUCUUCCAUUUUCUCUCUGAAAUUUCUCAAAGCCUAGAAGGAAGACCUUGAGGAGGCAUUAGGGCUUCGAGGAGACUUUGAGGAGACUGAUCACUAACCACAAACUCAAAAUAAUCUUCUACUCCCUCACAGGUUUUACCCAGAUCCCGAGAGUUUUGGAAAGAAUCCCCCAAGCUAUUUGAAAUGUCGCAUUCGGGUCUUUUCCCGCGCCGGAGCACCUUGGUCUGCAUCAACCAACAAACACCACCACCCCCUCACCCCACCCCCGAGUUUCUCCUCUUCUCUGCAGAGGCACAGCGUGAAAUCCUGCUCUCGGUCAAGGUGAGACGCGGUCACGGGGUCACAUUGAGCAGCAAAGCAGCUUCUGGAAAACACGUGUCCCAAACCGCAGCCGCUUCUGUCCCCAGGAAAUCCCCCUCGGUCCGCGUCACCCCUGGGUACAGCUCACGCAGUCGCUCUCCUGCCCCGCGUCCGUUGCUUGUGCAGCAAACGGUGGUGCUGUCCUCAUCCCUCAGUGAAUUCCCUCGUGCCGAUUUUUAAGCCCUUUUUAUCUUCCAGGUAGGUAAGAGAAAAAAGAAAAAAAAAUAAAAUCCCAACUGGCUUUUCUCACCUCGAUUUUUAAAGCUCUUCUCCAUGUCGUUCUGCUUCUUCUGUAAGCUUUUUGCUUGCUUGGCUUUCCUAAUCAAUCUGGAAUCAUAUUCUGUGAUCAUCUCUAAAUUAAACGUGUAAUGGGUUGUUUGGGUUUUUUUUGUUUUGCUUUUUUUUUUUAAAUGUAACACAUUUUUAAAGAAUUAGGAAAAAGGAGAUUUAGGUAACACCAGCAAAAUUGUAUAAGGAAAUUUAAUUCUGUUCUGAACUUUA